CCCAUUUGUUGAUGUUGAGGCUGAGCACUAGGAAGGAAGGCGCCAAUUGCAACCCCCUUCGAAAUUCAGCCGGGCAAGUAUGGCAAUUGUAACAAGUGAUUGUGGCCAUGCAUCAUCCUCCUGCCUUAGGCUUUGAUUUCUUUGACGAAACUGUUGGUGAACGCUCACCUUGCAUCCACCUGCAUUAGCCAAGGAUUGAGCGGCAAGAUGUCAGGCAACUUCUUCAGGGGGACGACCGCUGAGCAGGACACCCGGUUCAGCAACAAGGAGGCCAAGCUGCUCAAGUCGCACAAACACUUUGCACAAGACCUCGACAAGCCAGUGGACAUCAGCAAGGUGAACAUGGAGGUCAUGAUGAAGUGGAUUGUGAAGCGCGUCACCGAGCUGCUAGGCAUGGAGGAUGAGGUCCUGUGCGGCUUCAUCGAGGGCCUCCUGCAGGAGAAGGGGCUCAACGGCAAAAAGAUGCAGCUGUCGCUCACGGGGUUCCUGGAGAAGAACACGGCACGCUUCAUGAAGGAGCUUUGGGAGCUGCUCCUCAGCGCGCAGGCCAACCCCAGCGGCAUCCCGCAGCAGUUCCUGGACGAGAAGGCAGCGGAGCUCCGCGCCAAGAAGGCGGAAGAAGGGCGCAUCAAGGAGGAGGUCCAGAAGAAGCGGGAGGCGCAGGACAAAGAGAGGGAGCGCGAGAGAGAGGAGCGGCAGAAAGUGCGGGAUGAGCGCCAUGCUGCGGAGACUGCCCAGCAAUCCAAGCUGCCACCGCCCCCUGACAACCACAGGCGGAGCCCCGCUGCAACCAAUGGCGCCCGUGCGGUGUCCUCAAAGCCCAACGGGUCGCCCCCCUACCGCGCUCGGAGUCGUUCGCCGCAGAGUGGAUCUCCUGCGCGAGGACACCGGCGCGCCCCUUCUCCGCCCCGUGGGUAUCGGCGCUCCCCGCCGCCGCGGAGGAGGACCCCCCCGCGCUACUAUCGAAGCCCGGGGCGGGGUCGGCGCAGCCCCAGCGUGGAAGACGAUCGGGGGAUGGGGCCCCGCCGGGAGGCACGGCCCUGGAGGGGGGGGGACGCAGGGGGGCGCAGCAGGUACGACCGGAGCCUCUCCCCCUCCGUCCGCCGGCUGCCCCGCGACCGGUCCCGUUCCACUGACCGCCGCCCUGCACCUGCAGCCGGCCGAGAGCAGCGAGGGGUCGCCCUGCCGCCACCGCCACCUCCGCUCCGCCGUUUGCCUGCCAGCAGCAAUACGGACCGCUCGUCAGAAUCUCCUCCUCCUCGGCGCGCCGAGUUGCAGGCGCGGCCAGGGGCGCGCUCCCCUCCCUCCCAAGGCAGGCGGCGGUCGCCCUCGCUGUCGCCUCCGCCAAAAGGGCCAGUACUGCCCUCGGGGAGGGCGGGCCGGCCCGAGCUGUCGCGAUCGCCGCCAGUUCGGGGAGAGCGACUGGGGCGAGCGAGAUCCGGGAGCGACGACGAGCAGGAUAGGCCGAGGGGUGCAGCGAAGAAGUCAGCGGAGCCGGAGAGUGGGGAAGAGGGCCCCGAGAGGAAGCGGAAGGCGGAGAUGGGCAGGGCGGCGUCGCCUGGUGAUAGUGACGAGAGAAGAGAGGCAAAGCGGCAGCGCAAAGAGGAGAAGCGGAAGAGAAAAGAGGAGCGCCAGAGGAAGCGGGAAGAGAAACAAAAAAGGCGGGCGGAGCGAGAAUCUCGCAGGGCUGCGAGAGAAGGGGCAGACGGGGCGGGGCGGGGCGGGAGCGAGAGUGACGAGGGGGGCAGGGGGCGGGGGCAGGAGCGGCAGAAGGCAGUGGAGGAGGAGCUGCGGCUCAAGGCAUUGGAGUCCAUGCGGGCACGCGCCGCCAAGCAUGGGCCGGACUAGCCACAAGUUUGAAGACCGGGCGCUCAUGAGUCAAGUACACACGAGGGUCUCCAUUUUCCCUUGUUGAGGGUUGCUGACCGAGCAUACACUUUACCUCUCACAUGUUGUUGGCGUCGUCACAGAUGCGUCCGUUGGCUUGGUCUAUUCAACACUCAACCCCUCGGUCUCGUGUGAUAAGGCACUUGUGCUGCAUGCAGUGUCUCCUUUGGACCGGAUUGAAAGUUGUUUCUGGUCUGGCGCUGCAAACUGCUAGAGUCCUCAGUCUCGCAGAUCCGGUCCACUCACAGGCUUUACAUGCAUCCGCUCUGGCUACAAUCUGGACUGGGUGCGCUUUUUGUACCACGUCAUCAAUCUAAUAUGAAUGCUCCUG